AUGACUUCAGGCAAAAGCGUCUUCAUAGUCGGUCCAGGCUUCAUUGGCUGGAAUGUCCUGGAACUACUCCUCGGAGAAGAAUAUUCGGUAACGGGCUUUGUCCGCAGGAAGGAACAUGGCGAGCAGAUCAAGGCAUCGGGAGCAUCAGUCGUGAUGGGUGAUCUGAACGACAAGGAAAUUAUCACACAGCAGACCUUACAGCACGAUAUUGUACUCCACACUGCAACCGCAGACCACUUGCCUUCGGUUGAGGCUAUCUUGGAAGGGGUCAAGCAGCGUGCACAGGACGGAAAGUCGACGUUGUUCAUCCAUACUUCUGGAACUAGCGUGCUGGACGAUGAUGCGAAGGGCAUGUUCAAGAACGAUAAGAUCUAUCACGAUGACAAGCGCGAGGAGAUCGAUAGUGUGCCCGAUAGUGCACCGCAUCGCGAGAUAGACCUUGCUAUCGUCAGAGCUCAGAAGGAGUUGGGUGAGAAAGCUAAGCUGGCUAUCAUGAUUCCUCCUUGUAUCUAUGGCUUCAACCCAAAGCACGAACGUCUGACCAUUCAGAUCCCGACGAUGACUCGCUUUGCGCUGAAGCACGGCUAUGCGCCUCAAAUCGGCAAAGGCGCAGCUGUGGAAAGCAACAUCCAUGUCAUGGAUCUCGCCCGAGCAUACAUCGUAUUGCUCCACCACAUGGAGCGUGCUACCGCCAGCGAGGCCCUGAGCAAUCCGUACUACUUCUGCGAAAGCACAGGCGGAGAUGAACCCUCCUGGCAUGAAGUGGCGACUGUGAUCGGAGAAGCACUCCAUGAAGCUGGCAAAAUUAAGAACAAGGAGCCGAAGACUGUGUCGAAGGAACAAUAUGGUGAUCUGUUUGGCGAAGGUAACGAUGCUGUGAUCGGUCUGAAUAGUCGAAGUCGGGCUGUAAGGUUACGACAGCUGGGUUGGGAGCCGAGAGAAAAGGACUGGAAGGCUAGUUUGGUCGAGGAUGAGCUGCCGCAGAUCUUGAAGGAGGAGGUGGGUGGGUUUGCUGGGUAUAAGGGUGUCGCUGUCAAGUAG